UCCUGAGAAUUUCCCAAUAUCCCGAGUUCCCCGACUUCCGAUCUCAACGCCGGCAUUUGGCCGUGAAGUCGUCCGCCGCCGCCGCCGCCGCCGCCGCCGCCGCUCGCCGCGCGCCUGCAUCUCCCAAACCUCCACGGUCUCGUGACGAGAAGUGGAGCGAAGGAGGAGGGGGAGGACUAGGAGGGUCCAUCCAGUAGCCGAAGAUGAUACUUCCGCUGGCGAAGCUGGGGACGCUGGCGCUGAAGACGAUGUCGAAGCCGAUCGCCAUCCGGCUCAAGACGGAGGCCAGCCGCCACCCUCAAUUCCGGCAGCUCAUCAUCAACCUCGCCCAGGCGAAUCAUCGGAUCUCCACAAAUAUCCAGAGAAGAAUAUAUGGUCAUUCGACUCAGGUUGAGAUUCGGCCUUUGAACGAGGAGAAAGCAGUUCAGGCUGCUGCUGAUCUUAUUGGGGAGCUCUUCGUUUUCUCGGUUGCUGGGGCUGCUGUAAUCUUUGAGGUGCAAAGAAGUGCAAGGUCAGAGGCCCGAAAAGAGGAGGCUCGAAGAAAUGAAAUUGAGGCAUUGAGGCAAAAGGAGGAUCAGCUGGCUCAUGAGAUAGAGAUUGUGAAGCAGAAACUUAGCGAGAUAGAGCACCAUGCCAAUGCGCGAGGUCUCUCUGGAGUUCUUUUCAGAAGCAGCGGUAAGCCAGACCAGACAAAGGCCUCAUGAGUUCUUUGGUUAAUUGGGACAGACAUGACUACGAUGACAACAUCCUAAUCAAGUUAAUUGAUGACUGUCAUGCGUUGUUUGUUAUAUUGCACAUGGAUCUGCAAAUUUUUGAAGCAUGCACCUUGUAGAUUGUGUUUUUGCUACCAAUUUACCAUGGGAAUGGCCCCACAGCUUGAGGUUUCAAGCAACUUUGUAUUUGAGGCUAUUUGAACUCAUAUAUGGAAAGGGUUGUAGGGCAGUUCCAAGAAGGAAACAUCUGGCAAGUGCAAAGCAGAAUUUUGCUAUGUGUAUGUUGUCUGGCAGAUCAUGCGAGUUGUCAACUCGCAGGAUAAGAUAACUGUAUGCCAUGGACCUGUCUAUGGGAGAUUGCUGCCAAAGCAUUGCUCUGUUUUUUUAAGGAAUUGCUCUGGUGGUUCAUAUCA